UUUUCCACAAUGCAAUCAAGCAUAGAUGCAAAUUUCACAUUCAUACAGAAAUUCAUUCUUCUUUCCCCCAAAUGGAGUGUAGUGUUGUGUGUUACAGUGGCUGAAAAUUCAUGGCGGAUGUAAUGACGUUUCCCACCAUAAAAAGGACGAGCAUUCCAGGACGUUUACCAUCAUGUAGUCAUCUUCUGUAUGCUUGCGGGUGCUCUUGUAUUAGCAUUUUCUCUUUGUAGCGGUCGAGUUCAGCUGAAAGUUAAAGCUUAACAUGUUCAAGGGUAUGUGAAUAUACUCAAAUGAUAUGGGAAAAGGUGAGUUUAGUAAAUCGAUUGAUCCCAUCAGAGGAGGCCGCUUUAGCGUACCGGAUCAUCCAUGUGAAAAGGGAGUCCCCGCAACACAUUAACGGCGUGUAUUUGGAGUUUGUGGGACCUUCUCCGUCUUUUCCAUAUGUCGAAAAGAGGGGAGACGCGAGGCUGGGGUCUGUCAACAUUUUAUGCUGUAAACUGAGGGGGAGUCACAGGAACGGCCUGCGUGGGACCGUGGCGUCGGAGGAGCUGUUCAUUUGCAUUUGUACGGCUGUCAGGAGGACAUUGUAAAUACACAUUUCCUCUUUGAAUGACACCCUGUACUGCUGUGAGAUAACAAGAUAACCCCACAAUGUUUUACUCUGUCGCCCGCGAGGAUGGUGCGUAAUAGCGACAUGCUCGACCUUUUAAAUAACCUUUACUCCCCUUUGAAAGGUUGUUUUCUUCUUUUCUCGUAUUUUGCUACUUAUCUACGAAAUAGUGCACUAGAAUUAUUGACUUGAUCUUAGCCUGGAGGAGUGCACAUCACGCUCUUUGUUACUCAGACCGUUUACCCCCAGGUAUCUGGCUACCGAGUGCUUUUAAUCGUUAACGACUGUUAAGAAUCAUCUCAGAAAAUGGGAUUUGCUAAAUUAAAUCGACUUUAAUAUAGUGUUGUCCCAGAGAAACACUGGAUGAUUGGUUAUACCUAUUUAAACUGAAACAAUAACACUUAUCCACUUUUGAUUUAGUAUUUUAAUUUCUGUGUUGCAUGCAAUGGAUACUCUUUGAUUUUCUUUGAUCAAGCUGUUUUGUGUUUUUCAACAUUGAAGAAAGGACUGACAUUAGUCAGAAAUAUUAAUGUUGGUGUAUUAGAAAUCUUUGUUUCUUUGAUCUUGUGUCAGCCCCCGAUUUUUGGCAAUGUAUCAUUUUCUCAAAAGCCGCAUUUGGAGGAAUCCUGUGCAAAUUACCCACUGGGUCCAGGUUAAUGUUUUAUUCCGCAGUUUCAUCACAGAAGCUUACUGAAGCGAACCUUUGUCCUGAGUUGGUUCCUGGCAGCCUGUUUGCGGUCAGGUCUCGUCUCCUGUGUGUAACGGAGCCCGGCCAGAUGUUUCACUUCAUCACGCCCAACGCCAGUCGUCAGACAGCGGGCAGCGACUUCAGGAGGCAGCAGGGCCACUUAAUGAAUGAGUGUCUGCGGCCCCCUCCUCACACCCCAUGGCCCCACCCAGCCCCAGCACCAACAGCAGCGCCAACAACAGCAGCAGCAGCAGCAGCACGGCAGGCUGGGAACAGCUCAGCAAGACCAACCUCUACAUCCGGGGUCUUCCGCCGGGGACUACUGACCACGAUCUGGUAAAGCUCUGCCAGCCGUAUGGCAAAAUAGUGUCAACAAAGGCCAUCCUGGAUAAGACGACGAACAAAUGCAAAGGUUACGGCUUUGUAGACUUUGACAGCCCAGCCGCCGCUCAGAAAGCAGUCACAGGCCUGAAGACCACCGGGGUCCAAGCCCAGAUGGCGAAGCAACAGGAACAAGACCCAACAAAUCUGUACAUUUCCAACCUUCCCCUGUCGAUGGAUGAGCAGGAACUGGAGAACAUGUUGAAGCCCUUCGGUCAGGUGAUCUCAACCAGGGUCCUGAGGGACUCAAACGGUGCCAGCAGAGGUGUGGGCUUCGCCAGGAUGGAGUCAACAGAGAAGUGUGAUGCCGUGAUAUCCCACUUCAACGGCAAGUUCAUUAAGCUGCCUUCCGGAGUGCUGGCUCCCACGGAACCCCUGCUGUGCAAGUUUGCCGAUGGUGGUCAGAAGAAGAGGCAGAGCCAGGGCAAGUACACGGGGCAGAACGGCCGCGCGUGGUCCCGGGACCCCGAGGUGAGGCUUGCAGGGAUGAUCACAUAUGACCCCGCCACGGCUGCCAUGCAAAACGGGUACUACGCGUCUCCGUACAGCAUAGCGAACAGGAUGAUCGCGCAGACGCCCAUGUCGCCCUACAUCUCGCCUGUAUCCGCCUACCAGGUACAGAAUCCCUCCUGGGUGUCACACCAGCCCUACCUCGUACAGCACCCGGGAGCAGUUAUAUCGCCCUCUAUGGACCAUACCAUGUCACUGCAGCCGACACCCAUCAUGAGCCCUCUAACGCAGCAAAUGAGUCACCUCUCCCUCGGCAGUGCUGGAACGUUCAUGCCUGCCAGCACGGCUCUGCAGGGGGCCUAUCUUCCCCAGUACACCCACGUGCAGACCACAGCUGUCCAACUGGAGGAAAGCAGCGGCCAGCCGCAGGAGCCCUCUAGUGGCCAUUCUUCUUACACUUACCAACAAGCCAAGUGACGGGAAGGUGCAUGAUGGGAGUCGAGAGGACAGACUCGCGUUACAGCUGAAACAAUCAUAUCUUCUUGUGAUGGAUCAUGCUUUUGUGGAUUAGUCCACUUUUUGCACAGGUUCUUCGAGGAUUCCCUGUUGUUACUAAUAAAAUCAACUGAAAAUAUUUUGGUAUAAGUUUCAUAAGGUGCAAAAAAACUUAAUUUUGCCAGAGAUGCUACACAAUAAAAAUGUUUUAUUUUAGUAAUGAAAGAACGUUUAUUUUUUACCAAGGAUUGCCAAGCAGGCAAAUAAGCUGCGAUAACGUUAGACCGUGUGGCAGUUCAGGUCCAUGGCAGUAAAUAUGAUGUGUUUUUGUUAAGAUUUUUAUGAUUUUUAAUGCAUUUUUUGCUUUUCCUUUUUUACUGAAAUACUUCAUCAGCCAGACAUGUUGAAAAUUACCUUUUGUGCUUGCUGUGUGAGUGUUGCUAUGGUGAAGUGUAGAACGUCUUGUAAAAUAUUUCUUUUCAGAUUUGAUUUUUUUUUUACCUGUCCUAUCAUACAACUUGCCUUAAAUUCUUUCAUACGUUAGCUGUGAAGGCAACUUCGUAGAUUUAUGAGUAAGAAAUGUUGAAAACAAUUGCCUUGUGAAUCAGCUAGAUAGGGCUUUUUUUUAGGAUAUAGCUAAUUAAAUUGCGCUCUACUUAGGUGUCGAUCUUUUCCCCUUUUAUCUUUUGCUGAAUACUAAUCAAAGUAGGAAUUUUAGGAAAGAAAAAUUUAAAUGUUUGAGUGCAAAGCCUUUUGGAUUCUAAUCAGUUUUAAUGAGAUGAAAUGUUUGCAUUUUCAGAAGGCUUAAUGGAGUGUUUUGAAUGUGGUAAAAUCUUUGUUGAAUGAUAAAGUGUUUAAAUAUUGCCUUUAUUUUUUACUCGGUGUACUUUUUUGCCUAAAGACAAUUACCCGGCAGGGGGGCCAUUUUGGUUUUGAGCUGAGUGUGUUAAAAAUGUCAGGUUUCCUUCCCGUUCUUUUAAGUAUAAAAUCUAUUAUUGUGCAAAAACUACCAAACAGAGCGGCCUUCAUUGGCAUCUACAGAGCAUAAUAGUAGACGUAUUAAAAACUUAAAAGAACAGCUAGCUCUUUGUGCAGUGCACGGCUCGGCGCUUUCAGAAAACACGUUUCCUUCACCAAAGAACCGUGACCUGGUAAAUGAGUGAAACAGCCUAACACUCUCAUAGCACAAGCAAUUAACGUGGUUUGAGUUUCCAGCUAAUUGGUUCGCAGUUUGGAUGACGUGCCUUUCUUGUGCAUUUUCGUCUCGCUGUUGGUUUUGUUACGUGAUUUUUUUUUUUGGACACGUGAAGGAUGAGCCGAGAUCCGCACUUGCACACUUCAUCACUACAGAGAGGCCCUUUGAAACUAUGAAAUGAUUCACCACAAACGGCAGACGUUUUACACCGGCCACGGAUUCGUGUGACAGGGGAGGCUUUCUUAUUUUGUUCAGAAUAGAUUUUUUUUUUAAGGUUUUAUAAAUUAAGUUGUCUUCCAAGCGACUGUCUUUUGUCCUGGUCAUCUGAUGGACCAGAUAUCUACCUCAGAUUUUUGUUUCUCCAAUCUACUACACCGGGUUUGCAGGUACAGCCCAUCUCCACAGACCAGAAGCCAUGCUCAGGAGCUGGCCCUAUAUGCCAUUUCUUUUAUCGUUGUUUUAUUUUUGUUGCUUUGAAAAAAUUUACAUGAUUAUCAUUGCUAGGCUCAUUGUGUUUCCAGUGCGUUCUUAGGUUGUGUCCAGAUACCCAUAGUUCCAAGACUUAAAAAACCGCUGCUUUUAUCACUUGAGGAUCCAGUAGCUCAGGAGUCCUCAUUUAAAAAAAAAAAAAAAAAAUGGUAUUUACUGCGUUUGGCUUCCUGAGGUACCAUUUCACCAUAAAGUUUCUGAACAGACUUGAAACCCCCAGUGUGGUCCCCAUAAGUUGACCCCCUACCACAGAGAGCACGAGGCGAAGGCCGUCACAGAUUCCCUUCAGGCGCCCCAUACUGGUGGUCGCUUGAAUGGGAAGUAAUGCAGGUGUGAACCAAUUGUUGGCACUCCUGUUUACGGCUGAGAGCCGGCGUACUCUGUGCGAGAAAGACAAUGCUCAUUCGAAUUAGCCAUCUUGUAUUAGACAGCCAUUAAGUUAUAAAAUAAAAGUAAUAAUUUAUGAAGAGACACCUUUUGUACAGACUCUUAGAAGAGAUUAAAGAGUUUCAUAGAGAUAUCUAUAUGAUCAAGAGUAAUUUUUUUUAUUUUUGUUUUGCCACAGAGCUUGCUGUGGUAGCGUCAGUGUCCGGUUAAAAUGAUCUUCCCUCUGUAUUUCCUUUGUUUUCUAGUGUUUGUUAAUGCCAAAAUGACAUUUUUGAAAUGUAAAUUAAGGGUAGAUUGUUACUUAAGUUCAAUUUUCUGUUCAUUUCUCUUUGUUUUUGUUUUUGAGAACUUUUGAAUAAAAACUAUUCUUUGGAUCCACUA